CAAACACACCUUUUUACCUGUAUGAUUUCAAGUUUAUAUCGUAAUAAAAUCCCUUCAUACCGGUAUUCCUAUAUUCAGCCGAUGGAACCUGUAGAUGGGUGCCCCGGCAUUAAGUUAUAUAUUCAUAGGAAACAAUACCAGUUUAACGAAGAUAUACUCUUCUUUGGACCCCGAAGUUUUCGUUCAAAUAUCGAAACAACAACAUAUACAAACAGAUCAAUCAUUUGAGAAAGUCAUUUAUUCCAGAGCAUGUUUAACGUUUCAAUUUUCAGGAAGUUCCGUGGUGUUUUAACGGUUAAAAUGGUUUAAUUAUGGAUGCCAUUUUAUGAAGCAACAUCAUGAAGUCUUUGAAACCAACAAAAACCAUUUUAUUUAAGUUUUGUUUUGUAAUGGGAUUUAUUUUUCUCCUAGCUUGUUAUCUUGAUUAUUAUAACACUGAAAUAGUACAAUUACCAAGUGUUGUGUCCACCAAAAAGGUUCAAUUACCACGUGUUAUAUGGAUGUUUUGGGAUAAAGGUUGGGAAAAAGCACCAAAACUCCAACGCGCUUGUUUGAAAUCGUGGAGGGAAUUAAAUCCAGAAUUUAAAAUCAUUGCAAUAGACAUGAAACAAGCUGAAACUGUCAUCAAUCGUAAAAAGCAUUAUACUGAUGAAGCUUGGAACACGGCCAUUAUUCAAGCAAAAUCCGACAUUAUCCGAAUUGAAAUUCUUGCACAGCUUGGAGGAAUUUGGGCUGAUGCAACUGUCCGCUGCAAUGAUCCACUUGCGUCAUGGAUUGGUAGUGCAGUUGAACCGACUAAUUUUUUGGUGUAUGAAAGAAGGGACCCUGCCGUAACUCAAAACACAAAACCACAUAUAUCCAGCUGGUUCAUAGCAUCUACGAAUUCAUCUUAUAUUAUAUCUAAGUGGAGAAAUCAGGUUCGGAAAAUGUGGUCUACUAAACCGUACCCACCUGAGGUUCAUGGAUAUUUUUGGGCACAUCGUAUAUUCCGGGACCUAACUCGUAUUGAUCAAGAAUUCUAUAAUCAGUACAAAAAUAUGCCAUUAAUGGAUGCUGUUGGACCUCAUUGCUUUCAAAACCUUACAUCUCACAUGAAUAAAAUGACAACUAGUCAAUGCCAACGUCGAUUUAAAAGUUUUUACGAAUAAGAAUAAUAAAUCAAAAUCCUUCAAAAAUUAUGAAUAAAAAAAAAACAAAAGAGAGUUCGACUCUUUUUUUUGGGGCCAUGUCAUUCAUGUUGUAUACUAAUUAGGUAUUUUCCUGCACUCUUAAACAUAACAAAAGUGCACACGCUGCGAUGUCUCGGCUGAUUUACUCAUCAUUGAAUUUAAUAUGUCGAAAGUUUGAAAUAUGAAGGGUUUACUACAUGUAUCACCUAAUAUUACUUUAAUCAAUGUUCAAUAAAACUGUGGUCACAAUCAGAACCAUACCAGACAGA